CCACCGCAGCUGUCCUGGCUCUCCGAGGUUGUUCCCAGAAGCGGUGCUGUGAUCCGAUACCCUGCCCCGCUCCUCACCGCCUCCAUCCAGCGAUGCACAAGACUUGGGUCUGCCCAAGGACACCCCUCCCGGGCAGCACGGGCUAAAAGCAGAGCAGGACCAGCUGGAAUCUCACUUUGGGGAGCUCCAGAAUGAGCCUGAUGGUGAACAGAGCGGCGUGUCCUGCCCGGGAGCUGCGGUGCGGAGUGAGGUGCUGAUGAUCGCACUGCCUGUACCCCAAGACCCCCGUCCCCUUGUGCCAGAAGCUGCUGCACCCCUGGGCCAUGGAGGAGCGGAUGGAGGAGGAAACACCAACAGCGCAGGGCACAGGAGGCCACCACCCCGUGCGGGAAGGAGAGGUGUUCAACACGCGGUACCAGGCUCUGCGCAAGCUGGGCUGCGGCACCUUUGCCACCGUCUGGCUGUGCCAGGACAUGAGGAGGAAGAAACAGGUAGCUGUGAAGGUCCUGAGGAGCAGGGAAGGAUUUGCUGAGGCUGCCCAGGAUGAGGUCGCUCUCCUCCGCUGUGUGAGCAGUAUGAAGAAGACCGACCGGGCAGGAGAAAACAUCGUCUGUUUGUUAGAUGACUUCAGAAUGAUUGGAGAGAACGGCUUCCAUGUGUGCUUGGUAUUUGAGGCGCUGGGUCCUUCCCUGCGGUGUCUGAUGGGUAACUACACAGCCCAGGGGCUGCCUCUGCCCUUUGUGAAAAGGUCCUUACAGCAGGUGCUGGCAGGGCUGCACUUCCUGCACGAGCGCUGCCGCAUCAUCCACACGGACAUCAAACCGGAGAACGUCUUGUUGUACGGACAUGACAGAAGCCUCCAAAGGAUUCUGCCCAAUACACUUGACUGCAGCCAGGGAACAGAUUCGAGGCUAAAGGGACCAGGGGAUGCUCUUGGCAACCGAUUGGAAGAAUCUGAUUUAAUGAGCAUAGAAGUGAAAAUCGCAGACCUGGGCAGCGCGUGCUGGACGUACAAGCCCUUUUCCAAGGAGAUACAGACCCAGCCAUACCGUGCCCUGGAAGUGCUUCUGGGAUUAGACUAUGGCACUCCUGCGGAUAUCUGGAGCACAGGCUGCCUGGCAUUUGAAAUGGCAACUGGGGAGCGCCUAUUUGAUCCUCAACCUGGGAAGUAUUUCUCCAGAGAUGAUGAUCACGUUGCUCGUAUUAUCGAACUCCUGGGAAGAAUUCCUCCUCAAAUUGCUUAUUCUUGGAACAAGUCAACUAAAUUUUUCAGCAAGCCAGGCGCUCUCCUGCGGAUCUCCAGGCUCUGCCCCCGCAGCCUCCACACCAUCCUGUCGGACAGGCACCACUGGGCAACACACGAGGCUUCCACCUUCGCCAGCUUCCUCCUCGCCGCGCUGCACUACGCGCCCCAGCGCCGCGCCACAGCCGCGCAGUGCCUGCAGCACGCCUGGCUCAGCGCCCUGUGACCGGCCCCAAGCACCCGCCGGAGCCGCCUCUUCCCUCCUACCCCCCCAGCAGCUCCACCGCAGCGCCCGGCACCGCCCUCCGGCGGCGGGGGGCUGCGCACAAGAUGGCGGCGGGGCCGGGCGUCCCCUCAGGCGCCGGCGGCUCCUCAGCCUCCCGCGGCGGGGCUCCCCCGCCAACCCCGGAGAGGGGAGGGCCGGAAGGCGGCGGUCCCGCCCCGCCUCAGGACGGCAGCCGGGCGGAGGG